GACUCGCCAAACAACAAAUUUUCCCAAAGGCAAGCGACGCCGCUCUCUCCCUCUCUCCCUUUCACUAGGGCUCUUUUAAAGGGAAACAUAUACACUUCUUGACAGGCCGCUCUCAUAGAAACUCGGCCGUCGUCACAAGAAAAAAAGACAGUUAAACCAGCGAUAUUGUACCACCAACAAACCCACAACACGCCAUGAACUCGGUCCACAUCCGACAUGGCUCCGUUCGGCAAGGCAAGUACGACGUCUACUGGAGCAAGGACAACGAGUGGGCCAUCAUCGACGAAGAAGAGGAAGAGGAGAACGAGCGCAGGCUGAAGGAGGCCUACCAUCAUCACAGCCUCAACACGCGAUACUUGACUGCCGGCCUCUUCGUCGUCCUGGUGCCCGCUAUGUGUGGUUUGCUAUGGUGCUGCCGAAUGAGGCGGCGCAUCUGAAC